CCUGCACUCUGGACGGCGCGAAAACCCAAUUGACAAGAACUCCCUCCGAAUCCCGCGGGUAGGAUCUGUGUUCGGCCUGCUUUCCCCGCGGGAUCCCCAGUCCCUAUCACUCAGAACUGGAGCGGCGGCCUCAGGGGCACCCCGCGCUCACCGACCGCGCCUGAGGGUCUUCGCUGCCCGCGCUUUCUCACCGCCUCUUCCCGCGUUCUACUUGUUUGAGCUGGGCCCAGCCUCUGCGACCACCCCGGGCGGUGGGCGCGGGGGAGUCCGAGGCGGACCCCGCGGCCCAACUCCUCGCUCCUGCUGGAGCCGGCCGCCUCCAUGGCCUCCCGACAGGCCGGGCCGGGCCGCGGAAGGUCCUAGGAACCGGGAUUCCGGGAAGCAAGGAGCAUGGUGGGGGUCUUGGCCAUGGCGGCGGCAGCUGCUCCCCCUCCGGUGAAAGACUACGGGAAUGAGGCAAGCAAGAAGCGAAGGAAAGAUGAUGACAGAACUUGCAAAACAAUCACUAAAUAUUUAUCACCAAUGGGGAAGACUGCAGACAGGGUUUUCUCUCCACCAAAAUCCAGUAAUAUUCUGGAUUAUUUUAGAAAGACUUUACCCACAAAUGAGAAAACUCAGACAGCAAAAAAGUACAAGAUAAAAUCAUCCACACCAUUGCCUGCUGACAGUGACAAAGACUGUAAAACGCCUUUGGAAAUGUCCUCAAAUACAGAGAAUAAGAAGAGAGGAAAGAGACUUAAUUUAUCUCAUCAACUAAGUCAUAUUAAAACUGAAAAUGAAUCUGCAAUUGAAAUUAACAGUGAUGAUAGCAAGGAAGACUCCAGUUUAAGUAACAAUUUUGUGGGAAGUAGUACUUCUGCUUUACUCUACAAGAAACAUGUCAAGGUACUUGCAGAAAGUAUUCAAGAUACCAAAAAACAAUCAAGCACUAUGACCUCCAAAAAAAGUUCUAAGAAAAUAAGUCCUAAACAAGGCCCCUCAAAAAAUGAUCGCAGAAAAUUGAGGAAAAGGAAGCACAGAGAGGUAAUAAAUCUAUCUGAAAGUUUACCCUUAGCAGAGGAACUAAAUCUCCUUAAAAGACAUGGUAAUGAUAGUAAACAGAUAAUGCCUUCCCUAACUAAUGAAAUGGAAAAUACUGCAAAUGAUGCAGAAUCUAGAGAUAAUAUAACUAAAACAGCCCAGUUAAAUGAUAGUACAAUAACUGUCUCAUAUGAGGAAUUUUUAAAAAGUCACAACGAAAGUAAAGUGGAACAGGCACCAGACUCUACAGUGUCUGUUUGUAUUCCUUCUGAAACUGUUGACGAUGCAGUCAAAAGUGGUUGUAUGACUGACCCAGAAACCUAUGAAAUUUCCCAACAGGUCCGCUUUAAGACAGUCACUGUUCUUGCCCAAGUUCACCCCAUCCCCCCAAAAAAGACAGGGAAAAUACCCUCAAUUUUCUUGAAACAAAAGCAGGUGGAAAUGGAAAAUAGUCUGUCUGAUCCUGAGAAUGAACAGACGAGUCAGAAAAGAAAAUCUAAUGUCGUUAUACAUGAGGAAGAACUAGAAUUGGCAGUGUUGGAAGCUGGAAGUUCUGAAGCUGUGAAACCAAAAUGCACUCUAGAAGAAAGACAGCAGUUUAUGAAAGCAUUUAGGCAGCCAACAUCAGAUGCACUUAAAAAUGGAGUCAAAAAGUCUUCUGAUAAGCAGAAAGAGCUCAAUGAAAAAUCUUUAAAUGAGGAAGGAAGAGACAAUAAUUCUAAAAAAAUCAUGGAAAAUCCUAAUAUCCAAAUGAUUUCAAAUAAUGGCAAUUCACAGACACAUGCUGAUAAAGGAGGUUUUCCUAAGGAGAAAAGUAAAAAGCUGAAGAAAAAGAAUAAAAAAAUCUUAGAUACUGGUGCUAUUCCAGGUGAAAAUAGAGAGAGAAAUCCUCAAGAGAACGAAUCAACUUUUUCCUUUAAAGAGAAACAAAAUCAAAACAGGCUUAGAAUGAGUUUAAGACAAAAGAAAACAGAAGUUUUCAAAAACAGCACAUUACUUAACAGCAAAAACCUUGUUUGUGAAGGUGCAGCAGAUGAUGACCCUCUAAAAAUUUCCUCUCCGUGUAACAGUAAGUCUUCAAGAAAAACCGGCAUACCAGUUAAGGAUAAGGUUAUACACUCUAAAGCUGAGACUGAAGACAGCUUGGUAUUUGUUUCUACACUGAAACCAAGCAGAAGAUCUGUAAGAAGUAGCAGCACACCUGCUACAGUAAUCAUUAGAGCUACGGAUUCUGAAGACGCACAAGACGAUAGUCCAGUAAAAGCUUCCACUCCAAAAGCAGCGAACUUAUCAGGGAAGCGUAGCUUAUAUACAGCGGAAUUAAUAACAGUAUCCUCUGAUUCAGAGAGUCCUAUUAGAAUGAAAUUCACCAGAAUUAGUACUCCCAAAAAAUCUAAGAAAAAAUCUAAGAAAAGGUCUAAGAAAUCUGAAACAGCUGAUGAAGAUUUUGAGUCUCAGACUAGAAAGGUAAGCAGUGCUUCAAAAAAUGUAUCCAAAGCAAAACAAUUGAUUGAAAAAGCAAAAGCUUUACACAUUAGUAGGUCAAAAGCUACUGAAGAAAUAGUGACACCUUUAAGGCGUUCGUCCAGACAUCAGACGCUCCCUGAAAAGUCAGAAACAGAAGACUCUGUAAUAACAGGUUCAAGUCCUACUCCUUUAAAGCAUCCUGAGAAAAAUCAGAAGAAACUUCAGUGUCUGAAUGAUGUGUUAGGAAAAAAACUUAACAAGACUCCUAAAAAUGUCCCUGGAAAAGUGAAAGUCGCGCCUUUAUUUCUUACUAGAAAGGCUCAGAAAACAGCUGAUCCUGUCCUUGGUUUUGAUGAAAGCAGUCAAGAUGCAACUGAAAAGCCUCAGGCUUGUGAUGUGCAGUUUAAAGCAAAGCGUGACUUUCUAAUGAGUGGUUUGCCAGAUUUGUUGAAACGACAAAUUGCAAAGAAAGCUGCUGCGUUAGAUGUGUACAAUGCAGUGAGUACCAGUUUCCAGAGCGUCGUUCAUGUUCAGCAAAAAGAUGAUGGGUGCCAUUUGUGGCAUUUGAAACCACCCACUUGUCCUCUCUUAACUAAACUUAAAGAACUGAAUACUAAAGUAAUAGAUCUCUCAAAAUGUGUCAUGGCUCUUGGUGAAUUUUCAACAUUGAAUUCAAAUUCAAAAAGUAAUAAUUCUGCUGUUGUUUUUGUUGGGAGAAGGAAGGAUUUGACUGAAGAAGUACGAAAUCUUUUGCUGGAGGAAAUUAGGUGGUCAAAUCCCGAGUUUUCUUUGAGGAAAUACUUCCCUUUGCUUCUAAAAAAGCAAACUGAGCACCAGGUACUUUCCAAGUGUCAUCAUAAACAAGAAAGUCCAAAACUAGAGCCCGACGUCAGUCGAAAAGAAACCAAAAGGAAACGAGUGGAAAUGGAAAAUCAUAAAUCCAAAAGAAAGAAACCAAAUGAGUAUUCAGAAAGUCCAAAAAAGAUAAGUGGGAAACUAGAAGAACUUGACAAAAGAAACAACUCCAGUGGGAUAAAGCUAGAUUCUUCCAAAGGUUUAUUUCCUAAAACAUCCAGGAAGAAACGAACAGCUUUGAGUACAAGGUGUAAAGUGGAAACAGAAGCCGUAGAAGAUUCUGAUAUUCUGAUAAUAGAUGGUGACAUGUCUACAUCAGAAGUAUCUUCUAUUCCGGAUUCUGGAACUGAAGACAUGCUUUGGACAGAAAAGUAUCAACCUCAGAACUCCGGUGAACUCAUAGGCAAUGAGCUAGCUAUUAGAAAGUUACAUAGUUGGUUGAAAGACUGGAAAAGAAGAGCUGAAUUGGAAGAAGGACAGAAUUUGAAGGGAAAAAGAGAUGAGAAACAGGAAGAUCCAUUGGACGGCAUAGACUUUAAAGGCAGUUCAGAUGAUGAAGAAGAGAAUCGUCUUUGCAAUACUGUUCUUAUAACAGGGCCAACAGGAGUGGGGAAAACUGCUGCGGUAUAUGCUUGUGCUCAGGAGCUUGGAUUUAAGAUAUUUGAAGUGAAUGCCUCUUCUCAGCGCAGUGGUAGACAAAUUCUGUCUCAGCUGAAGGAAGCUACUCAGUCCCAUCAAGUAGACAAGCAAGGUGUAAACUCACAAAAACCCUGUUUUUUUAAUAGCUACAACAUAAGCAAGUCACCAAAAAAAUUAAGCUCCCCCAAGAAGGUUGUUACAUCACCAAGAAAACUUCCUCCACCAUCACCACAAAGUAGUGGACCAAAGCGAGUACUUCCACCUAAAACUUUGGCAAAUUAUUUUAAAGUGUCUUCUAAGCCAAAAAAUAAUGAACAAAUAGGAGCACUUCUGGAAAAUAAUAAAGGAAUCAAAAAUUCUUUUGAACAGAAACCAAUUAUUCAGACUAAAUCUACAAACACAACUAACAAAAAUGUCAAAGAGUUUGGGGCUGAGGAGCCCAACAGGAAAAAUGCAACAUCUCUCAUUCUGUUUGAGGAGGUUGAUGUCAUUUUCGAAGAAGAUGCUGGCUUUUUGAAUGCAAUCAAAACAUUCAUGGCAACCACGAAAAGACCUGUAAUCCUUACAACAAGUGAUCCAACAUUUAGUUUAAUGUUUGAUGGCUUCUUUGAAGAAAUUAAUUUUAACACUCCUUCACUGCUAAAUGUUGCCAGCUACCUACAGAUGAUCUGCUUGACUGAGAAUUUUAGAACCGAUGUAAAAGAUUUUGUAACAUUGCUAACUGCAAAUACUUGUGACAUCAGAAAAAGUAUCCUUUACUUACAAUUCUGGAUUAGAAGUGGAGGUGGAUUUUUAGAAGAAAGGCCAUUAUCUUUUUGUCGAGGAAAUAGCAGAAAUGUACAACUUGUUUGCUCUGAAGAUGACCCUGAUUCCAAAAAUAAUGCUAAAAAUAGUAAAAGGAAUCCAACAGACCUUCCCAAAUGUGACAUUGGCUGUGCUGAGACCUUGUUUGGCCUUAAGAACAUUUUUUCCCCAUCUGAAGACUUAUUUUCAUUUUUGAAGCACAAAAUCAGAACAAAGGAAGAAUGGCAUAAGCUCAUCCAGCUUCUUACAGAAUUCCAAAUGAGGAAUGUAGAUUUCUUAUAUAGUAAUCUUGAGUUCAUUCUACCAUUACCUGUUAAUAUCAUUCCAGAAACAGAAAACUUUUCUGGUUCAUCAGUAAGUGUGGACACCAAUGCAGCAACAAAAAAUAUGAAAUGUCUUGCUAGGAAACUUUCUGAAGGAGAGAAGCCAUUGAAAAAGUCACAAAAAAAGAAACAUAAGAAAAAGAUGGUAAUUUUAGAUGAUAGUGACUUAUUUGACACCGAAUUGGACUUUUCUGAUGAAUUUAUUAGGCUUUCCUCUGCAUCUUCUCCAAAUUCAGAAGAAAGCAAAGCUAGAGAUAAAGAAAGCAAUCCAGAGACAAAGAAACUAAACACAUGUCUAGAGUCAAAUGUUGAAUCUAUUCCUCGUUCUCCUAAAACACCAGCAGAAAAGAAAUAUUCUGUCCUUGUUUCUCACUGUUUAAAUUCUCUCACCGAGUUCAUGGACAACAUGUCCUUCUUAGAUGCCCUUUUAACUGAUGUAAGGGAACAUAGGGAAUUUGGUAAAAAUGAUUUUGGCUGGACAAAUGGAAAGGUUAAAAGUGGACUUUGUGAUGAGUUUAGUCUCGAGAGUAGUGAUGGAUGGACUUCUCAAAGCUCUGGAGAAUUAAAGGCAGCUGUAGAAGCUCUCAGCUUUACUAAAUGUUCUUCUACUAUUUCAAAAGCAUUGGAAACCUCCCUGAAUUCUUGCAAGAAAGUAGGAAGAGAUCCAACAAAAGAACUUACUUUUUAUGUUUCGCAAAAGCGCAACAAUGUACACUUCAGUCAGUCAGCAGCUAAUUUAGACAGUGCUUGGAAGAGGAUAGCAGUCAUCAAAAGUGUGUUUUCUAGCCGAUCUCUUCCGAACCUGGGUAAUAGACAAGCUAGUAUAAUAGAAUACUUGCCAACUCUGCGAAACAUUUGUAAGACUGAGAAGCUAAAAGAACAAGGAAAAAGUAAAAGAAGAUUCCUGCACUAUCUUGAAGGAAUUCAUCUUAACAUUUCAAAAGAGACUAUGAACACUUUGGCAGCUGGCUUCCCUUAAUAUCCUACAUUUACAGUGCCUUGUACAGAUUCUUACAUGGUCCUUAAGAGACAUUUUUUUUUUUUUGCAGUACGCGGGCCUCUCACUGUUGUGGCCUCUCCUGUUGCGGAGCACAGGCUCCGGACGCGCAGGCUCAGCGGCCAUGGCUCACGGGCCCAGCCGCUCCGCAGCAUGUGGGAUCUUCCCGGACCAGGGCAUGAACCCGUGUCCCCUGAAUCGGCAGGCGGACUCUCAACCACUGCGCCACCGGGGAAGCCCAAGAGACAUUUUUAUAGUGAUUUUCAUGGAAGAGUUUAUUUCUCUUAAUGUACAUUUAAAACAUACUAUUUGUAUAUUUCUUAUUAGUGUGUAAAUAUUUAAAAUGAAAAUUACAAAUUGUAUUUAUAAUUGUGGUAGUGGUGGGGUUUUUUGAAUUUUUUUGUAUUAUCUGAUUUAGCGUUGUUGGAGUAUUUUUGUAUGUGUGUGAGCUGUUUCUAGAAGGUAGAGUUCACUGAAUAUUUCUAAAGGUGCUUCAGUGCUAAACUAAUCCAUAAUUUUUCCCCUUCUGGUGACCCUUAAUCCACACUGUGAAUGUGAAUCACCUAGGUGAUAAUCUUUUUUAAAAAUAAGUUUACACAGGGCUUCCCUGGUGGCGCAGUGGUUGAGAGUCUGCCUGCCAAUGCAGGGGACACGGGUUCAAGCCCUGGUCUGGGAAGAUCCCACAUGCCGCGGAGCAGCUGGGCCCGUGAGCCACAGCUACUGAGCCUGCGCGUCUGGAGCCUGUGCUCCGCAACGAGAGGCCGCGACAGUGAGAGGCCCGCGCACCGCGAUGAAGAGUGGCCCCUGCUCACCGCAACUAGAGAAAGCCCUCGCACAGAAAUGAAGACCCAACACAGCCAAAAUAAAUAAAUAAAUAAAUAAAAUAAGGUUAUACGAUCCAAGAUACAAAAUAGCAUGUAUAAUACAUAAGCAAACUUCCUAGGAAAGAAAUUUCAAAAAGUUAAGAUCUUCCUGAUAAAAUUAUUUUUAGCGUACUCAUCCAGUAUAUUUUACCAUGUGAAUCACUGCACGCUGACAAGGUGAAAUCAAGAUUAUGAAUUGUAGUUUUCAUAAAUCUUUUUUAGCAACCAUACAAAUGUGAUAUCGUGUAUAUUUUGACAAUUCAAAUCAUUUGUACAUUUUUCUUGUAUUUUUAUAUCAUUGGUGUUUUAUUUCAUAAAGAUAUUAAUGAUAAUAUAAAUAUUUUGGACAAACUGCUAUUCACUGAAACUGUAACAAAAGAUUCUACCCUAGGAUUUCUACAUGAUAGCCAUUUCGACUUAAGGUUAUAUUUUUGGAGAAAGUAUAUAUUUUUAAUUACAAGAUUUUAAAAUACCACAUUUCACUUAAAAUCAUUUUUGCAAUCAGAUGUAUCUGAAAAUAGUUUCCUAUUUCAAGUGUUUAUAUUAUAUAUUAGCUUAAUAUUCAGUUACAUUAUCUGGUGAAUUAAUUUUCACUUCAAAAGAUAAGGAUCCUAAUUUUGUACAGUUGAAAAAUAGAUGUAUACCUGUGUACAAAAUGUUUUUACCUCUUAUUUGUUCAACCUACCUUUUCUUGUAUUGAUAGUACACUGAUUUAAUUAAAGGCUAAAGCUAAAAGACUGCAAUGUUUAGAGAGUUCCAGAUGUAAUCAUCUGGGUAAAUAUGGAUAUUGUAUAGGCUUGGAUAUCGUCUAUAUCUUAUAGGUUUUGUCCCUGUACAAAAGAGAAUAACAUCUAAGGCAUUUUUUUAAGUAUAUGGAUUUAUUAUUUUCUACUGAAUGCAAAAGUCCACUACCUGUAGAGCAUUUACCAGUUAAUUUGGUCUUUAAUUAUUAGAAAAUUCGGAUAAUCCUCGUCAAUUGAGGAACCAAAGUAAAAUAACUCCAUAGAAUUGUAUUUAAAUGAGCAAGAACCAAGAAAUAAUGGGGGUAUUUUCCUCCCUAAUAGGGACACAUUUAAUAUCUUUUUUUUUUAAGGUUAAGCAUAAUUUUGGGAAAUAUUUUCUCAAUUCUUAAAGGUUCCUGUAAGACUUAAGAUUUACUUUUGUGAUAAAAGUAACCAAAUUUUGAUGACUCUUCAGUACUUAGCAUCUUAUCCCAUAAAUGUCUAAUUUGGACACAUUUCACUACAGCUAUUUCUAGAAAUGCUGAGAAGUAGAAUGCCACACAUCUGGCAUGAACAAUUGAAUGGUUGGUGAAACUGUUUACUAAAGUAUAAAACAAUGGCAAAUGACGUGGUCUGGAGGAAAGAGAAUGAUUUCAGAUGUGUACUUGGAGGUAUCUACAACAGUUACAAGGUGGAGAUGCUCACGUAUACAGUCACAUAUGUAGAGAUUUACAUGUGCACGGCCACAGUCUAGAGUGUACAUCAGACUGCCUAGGGAGUUGGAGGUGCUGGAAGGGAGGACUUCCAUGUAUUUUAUAGAUUUCUGAUUAUUUGAAUUUUUUUUUCCCCAACAAGUAUACUUCACUUUUAGAUUAAAGGAAAGAAAAGACUUAAUGCUUUGACAUCAGAGAGACUUGGGUUCAGUAUAGGUGAGAUAUAAUGAGGGCCUGAACUAAGGCAAAUCUAAUGGAAAUGGAGAGAUGUGGGGAAAAAAGUGCUACUUUUCUCAAAAGAUGGUCUGUUAAGUAAAAUAUUUCAAAGUUUAGGGCUUCCCUGGUGGCGCAGGGGUUAAGAAUCCUCCUGCCAAUGCAGGGGACACGGGUUCGAGCCCUGGUCCGGGAAGAUCCCACAUGCCACGGAGCAGCUAAGCCCGUAUGCCACAGCUACAGAACCUGCUCUCUAGAGCCCGCGAGCCACAACUACUGAGCCCGUGUGCCACAACUACUGAAGGCCGCACACCUAGAGCCUGUGCUCCGCAACAAGAGAAGCCACCGUAAUGAGAUGCCCACGCACCACAACGAAGAGUAGCCCUUGUUCGCUGCAACUAGAGAAAGGCCCAUGCACAGUAACGAAUACUCAAUGCAGACCAAAAAAAAAAAAUUUCAAAGUUUAAAAAUGAGCCUAUUGGGCUUCCCUGGCAUUCCAGUGGUUAAGACUCCACGCUUCCACUGUAGGGGGUACAGGUUCAAUCCCUGGUUGGGGAACUAAGAUCCUGCAUGCUGCAUGGUGCAGCCAAAAAAAAGAAAA